AUGACAUUGGAAGAGAUUCAAGCAGCUACUGACUCAGACAGAAAAUGGAAAGGACUAAGAGCUGCUUUAAAACUAAACAAGUGGGACUAUGAUGUAGUCAGACCAUUUAAAAACGUAAAAGACGAACUCACAGUAACCUCAACUGGUAUCGUUUUACGAGGAUCGAGAGUUGUGAUUCCGAAAUCACUGCAGCAACGAGCUAUCGACAUUGCCCAUGAAACACAUUCGCCGGGUAUUACAAAGACGAAAGCCUUAAUAAGAGAAAAGACCUGGUUUCCAGAUAUCGACAAUCUGGUAAAAACAACCGUUGACCAGUGCAUACCCUGUCAAGCCAUAAGUGAGCAAACAUCACCCGAACCUCUGGCGAUGACCAACAUACCCAAAGGAUCAUGGGAACUUGUGCAUCUUGAUUUUUACGGUCCUUUACCCUCAAGCGAGUAA